AUGGCAGUGCCAUGGGGGGCGAUUGGGCAGGGCGCCCUGAGGGCGGCCUCGGUGGCGCUGACUGCGACCGCGGGUGAGUGCAAGGGGACCAUCUACUACGCGGUGCUCGAGUGCACGGGCACCAGGGCUGCUCCCCAGAACGCCCCAGGCUUCGACCCAUUCUCUCUCGCGUGGGGGUGGUGCCUCCUGGGGCUGCUGUGCGGGCUGAUGCUGGGGAUGUGCUUCGACUUGAUCGUGCGGCGGGCCGAGAGGUCAGCGUGGGUCUGGGCGCCGCGCGUAGCGGGCGCGGCGAGCCUUGCCGCUGCGCCUGGGCCGCCGCCAGGGACGCAGCCAGCAGGGCGGGGCCUUGCCGCGGCGCCAGGACUGCAGCACAUGCCGCCAUGGAAUCAGGCCGCCGCAGCCGCCCACGGCGGCGCGCAGGAGGGUCCACGGCGCGUUGUGCUCCAGCGCCUCCUCGACAAGGGGGGCGCGGUGUUGGACCUUGACGGCGGCGACUGGGGUCUCGAGACGCGAG